AUGUAUCAUCUUGCUCCAAUUGAUAUAUUCUCUGACGAUGAAGAAUUUAGACAUCAAGAAAUUGAUGAUGAAUUAACUGUUACAAUUCCACAAGAAGAUCUGCUUGCAUCAAAUCAUUUAAAUUCUGAACAAAAACACGCAUAUGAAUUAAUUCUCGAAACUUUACUUCUCAACAAAUCUGCUGCAUUUUUCAUUGAUGGUCCUGCUGGCACUGAAAAAACAUUUCUAUACAAAACACUUCUUGCUGAAAUUAGAUCAAAACAUAUGAUAGCACUUGCAACUGCAUCAUCUAGUGUUGCUGCAUCAAUUUUACCUGGAGGCCGAACAGCACAUGCACGCUUUAAAAUUUCAUUAAAUAUAGAAAAAAAUAGCACAUGCAAUGUUAGCAAACAAGGAAAUCUUGCUAAAUUAUUGCGUCUUGCAAAAUUAAUUAUAUGGGACGAAGCACCUAUGUGUGGAAAAUAUUCUAUAGAGGCAGUGGAUAAGAUGUUACAAGAUAUAAAUGAUACAAACCUUCCUUUCGGUGGAAAAGUUAUUGUUUUUGGCGGAGAUUUUCGUCAAGUUCUGAGGAGACUUUCUCUUUAUGGCAACUUGGCAAAUGUGACUUGGCCCUUUCCGUGCAAAGAAAAAAAAAACACAUGCACAAGUGCAGCAAAAUCACGUGGACAGCAGAAACACAAGCAUUCGGACAUGCAGGAAUAA